UUGUAUGAUAGAUUUCUCUGUUCAGCAUGUUUUGUUGACGUAGAUGAUCAUCUGUCGACGUAUGCAGUUUUUCCCGAAGAUCAACCAGUCAACUCUUUACGUGCCAUCAUUGUCGGCGACACAGGCGGUUUACCAGUAUAUCCAUACUAUACCUACGCACAAUCGAAAGUUGCUGGAGCGAUGACCGACCUGGCCAUGAGAAAGAACGUACAGUUCAUCAUCAACGUUGGCGAUAACUUCUAUUUUACUGGUGUCAGCAAUGAGUACGACAAACGAUUCGAGUCAACCUUUGAAGACAUCUAUUCUACUGAUGCACUACAAGUUCCGUGGUAUACAAUCGCCGGAAAUCACGACCACUUCGGUAAUGUUUCAGCGCAAUUGACCUACACCAAAUACAGUCGAAAAUGGCAUUUUCCGAACCUCUACUACAAACUAUCCUUCCGCGUUAAUGGAACCAUAGUCGAUAUUUUGAUGUUGGACACAGUCAUGUUGUGCGGUAACACGGCCGAUGUUGAAAAUGGUGGUCUGGUUGAUCUACUAUGGAACGGAUCUCAUGAUCCUGAAGGACCUAGUGAUUUCAACAAAGCUGACCACCAGUGGAAAUGGAUCGAGCGUCAUUUGAAUGCGAGCAGUGCUGAGUAUCUGUUCCUGUUCGGACACUAUCCGAUUCAUUCGAUCUCCACACACGGACCAACUCAUUGCCUUGUUGAAAAGCUCGACCCGCUUCUCAAACGCUACAACGUCUCUGCGUACUUCUGUGGGCACGAUCAUACUUUACAGCACAUUGUCUACCCCGGUGACGCUAAUCAUUUGAUUCAUUACGUCGUCUCCGGAGCUGCUUCACGCUCGGAUCCUUCACAAAAACAUUUGGACAGUGUUCCAAGCGAAAACCUUAAGUUUCACUAUCCAACGUCCUGGAACCCCUUAUCACAGCUCGGAUUCUCAAAAGGUGGAUUUGUCUACAUGAAUAUCGACGAGCAUCGCGCUGAGCUCGUAUUUUUGAACAGUAAAGGAAAGGAGAUAUACCGCACCUCCAUUGAUCGCCGAUCAAUCGAUUUUACAAAACAGUUUAGGGAUUCCUAA